AUUUGUUUUGAUUCACCUUGCGUCAACGCUAAACCCUUAACAAGCCCCAUUGUAGCGCAGCAUUGUUUAUCUCGCGUUUGCAGUGGAAACGGUGGCCAGUGAAGAAAGGCUACAUGCGCCGGGUACGAUGAAAGUGAAAGCGUGCUAAACUUGUGGCCAGCAAACAUCGCGCUAUGAACGCCCGGAACGAUCACAUAGCGUUGUACACUUUUGUGGUGUUUUUGUUUUCCUUUAGUUUGUUUUGCUACGGCUUUUUCCCACUCUCGUUUUCGCCCUCAACCAAAGCCUCCUUCGACGAGCUACCUCAAAGCAUCGGAAAUGUUAGCUUCAAUGGCACCGACUACAAACCACGAAUAUCGCGUGCUAUCUUGAUGGUGAUAGACGCCCUGCGUAUGGACUUUGUGCUGCAGGAAGACAACUUCCAGUUUCUGAACCAGCUGCUCGGCGAUGGAAAAGCCUGCCUGUACCGUCUGCAGGUCCAUCCGCCGACCGUAACCAUGCCGCGAAUCAAAGCGAUGACUUCCGGUGCCAUCCCUAGCUUCCUGGACGUGAUUCUCAACCUGGGAAGCCCGGAAAUGAAGCUGGACACCUUCCUGUACCAGAUGAAGCAGCGGCAGCAGAAGACGGUGUUCUACGGUGAUAAUACGUGGACGAACAUGUUUCCGGACGCGUUUCAUCGGCGGGGCGAAAAUACAGAUUCGCUGUAUGUAAACGAUUUUUAUAAGGGUGACCGAAACAUUACAAAGUUGCUGAACAUGGAGCUGCAGAUGUACGAUUGGAAGCUUAUGAUUCUCCACUACCUUGGAUUGGACCACAUUGGACACGUGGAGGGUCCGUUCAGUGAUAAAGUGCCAGGAAAGUUGCGGGAAAUGGAUAAGGUUAUCAAAACCAUCCACCAGACCAUGGACAAAUGGAAACAAAAGUAUUACACCAAACCGUUACUCAUCAUUACCGGUGACCAUGGUAUGCGUGAUUCCGGUGGACACGGUGGCUCAACGCUCCCGGAAACGCAUGUACCGCUCGUGAUAGUAAGCGAUCAGUGUGCGAAAAGCGAAGACACAUUCCUGCAGAUCGAUCUAGCGCCCACCAUGUCCAUACUGAUGGGUGUUGCCAUACCGUACGCUUCGAUCGGUUCCACCAUCGAUCCCGCACUGAAGAUGUUACAUCGAAGAGAAAUGCUUUACGCGCUGUACUACAACACGCAAAGACUGGCCACCAAGGUGGAGACGAUUUUAAGGGAUAAGUUUAAGCGAACUGAGGUACACAAAUCGUUCGAGGAGGCGAUAGAGCUGCACCAAGUGUUUUUAAAGGACACCACCGACACUUCCGCCUACAAACGCGCUCUGCUGCUCUACAGCUCGGUGUCGAAAGAGCUAACGCGGCUGCUGAUUUCUAGCUACAUACGGUACGACAUCGUGUUCAUCGUUAUCGGCACGGUAAUGUCGCUGGUAUGCGCGGCCAUCGCAGUCACGCAGCUGCUGCAGGAUGCAAAUGCGUCCGCUUUGUCCUUGCAACCGAAGCUAUUUCCCAGCAUCAACUGUAUGCUGCUGAGCUUUCUACUGCUCAAGCUGCUAUCGUUUGAAAAGGAAUCAUCCCAAGAGCCAACGCACUCCUUCCAUGCGGCGCUAGUCUCGUUGUCCGUUGUAUUUUUUACCCUUUGGGUAAUAUUGUCCCAUUUGCUUAAAGGUAUGAGCGCACAUGCGUUCGGUUCAUCAUUUCUGUCCACCUUCGUUUGGUGUGGUGUAACAUUCCAUUGCGUUUCGCUCGCAAGUAGCUCUUUCGUCGAGGAAGAACAUCAAACCUGGUACUAUCUUACCAGCAGCAUCAUGGUACUGCUUACCCUGAAGCAGGUGGGCGUCAUGAACAGUACGAUCGCCAUGAUUUCCAAACACACCAAAACCGAUGCAUCGUUGAUUGAGGUGUGCAAGGAGGAGCGGGUCAUCUUCUGUGCCGCCUCGAUAGCGUUCCUUUGCCUUCACGUGGCGGUGCGUCGCUUCAAUCAAACGGGGGACAAGUGGCAGCAUGUGCCCGAUGUGGGCGAUUGGCUAUCAAAGGACGAGCACAAAGUUUGGCUGAGCUUGACUUUGUUCGUCGGGUUGUGCUACCUGGUGUAUCAGAUCUGCUACAUGGCAGGGCUGCUAACCACCGUACUGUCUAUGACUGCGUGCAUGCUGAUCUACUACUACCGUGCUGCAUCCGGCACGGUGAGCAUCUUCGGGCUAAGUGCUUCCAACUCCUCCUUUUGUCUAACGAUAUUUUGGAUCAAUCUGGCGGAAAUAUUCUUUAUCGGGUUUUUGCCAAUGGUGUACCGGGCGCUUGUAAGCCGCGCCACGCAAAGGCGCACCGGUGAGCUGUACAAUAACUGCAUCAUCAUUGUUGCGCUGCUGGCCGCCUUACUGCACAAACCGCACAAUGUGCUGCUGGUUGGCACACUGAUGGCUACGAGCAGAUUCCUCACCGAGCGCAUCGAACGUACCGCAGACGAUAGGUACGGUAGCGUAAUGCUGAAAGUGAUCAGCCACUAUUGGCUGGGGAAAACAUUCUACUUCUAUCAGGGCAACUCUAACAGUUUGGCCACCAUCGAUCUCAAUGCGGGAUACGUGGGACUGACCAGCUUCAGCAUUGUUCGCGUUGGAUUGUUCCUCACGCUGCACACCUUCAGCGGACCUAUUUUAAGCUUCCUGCUGCUGCUUCAUAACCUUUUCUCGGAAAAUGAACGGGAUGUUAGCCGACAGGAACGGAAACCGUUGGCAACGUACAACGCGAAGGAGAAAAUGCUAAUGCUGAUAAACGCAAUUACUAUGGUGCCCGUGAGUUUUUUCCUAGUGGUAGCGACCGUGCUGCGCGAUCACAUAUUCGUUUGGACCGUUUUUUCCCCCAAGAUCAUCUACGAGUACUUCACCGUGUGGUUGGUACUGAUGCAGGUAAUUCUAGUCCUGGUGCUGCUGCCAAAAACAUUAAGCUCAGCUGUGUGAAAGAGUUUUGUGGGUUUAUUUCUCUUCCAUUUAAGAACCUAUUUUGUGAGUGUUUAGGUGGUGAUCUCUUUCUUUUUGUAAUAAAGUGGCCAAAUCUAGUCUCAAUACACAUUUCUAAAGACUGA